UGACUCGUAAUGAGUUUAUUUAUAAGCGAAAAAAGAGGAGCAUCGUCAAGAUCAUUAAACAACCGAGUUCGUCAGGAAGAAAUAACACCAAGGUGAGGUAGCGGUUUUAACAUCUUCCACCGGCCCGAACACCAUCAUGGCUGAGACGGAGCAGCAGCAGCCACAACAACAACAAUCACCACCACCAUCACAAUCGGAAGAGCCCGUAAAGGCUCCCGUGAAGCAGAAGGAAGUGAUCGCAACGAAGGUUACUGGUACGGUGAAGUGGUUCAACGUGAAAAGUGGAUAUGGUUUCAUCAACCGUAACGACACUAAAGAAGAUGUGUUUGUUCAUCAAACGGCCAUAACUAAGAACAAUCCAAAGAAGAGGGUUCGAUCUGUAGGAGACGGAGAAACUGUGGAAUUUAACGUAGUAGUCGGAGAAAAAGGAAAUGAAGCCGCCAAUGUGACCGGCCCGAAUGGAGAGACAGUGCGCGGUUCUCCUUUUGCUGCUGAGAAAAAGUAUCGUCAAUGGUACUACCCAGGUGCACGGGGAGGUAGAGGAACACCACGUCGUCCCCGUGAGAGUGGUCAAAGUGAGGGCGACAAAGAUGGCGCUCAAAUUGGUGAGGGCGGACCUCCAGGACCUCCGCGCCGCUAUCGACCAAGGCGUGGUCGUGGUGGAUACAGAGGAGGUGGCGGGUACAUGAGAGGAGGUUACAUGGGCCCCCCUCGAGAUGGAUACCAGGGAAAUCCUGACGAGGUAGGAGAUGCUCCAAUGCGAGGUCCACGAGGACCUCCGCGCCGUUUUUACGGUCGUAACAUCCGCGGAGGUCGCGGGGGAGGUCCACGCCCCACGUCGCAAGACAGCCAGGGCCAGGGCGACCAAAGAGGAGGUCAAGGGGGCCCGAGGCCACGUUACCGCAGACGUGGACCACCAAGGCCUCACAAUUCUCAAUCCGAGGAAGGUAACGGAGUCCCCAAAGUCGAAGAUCAGGCUGUAGUGGUGAAGACUGAAGAUAGUCAACCAGUGCAAAACACAACCACUGAGAGCACUGCUUAGGUGCUUGAUUUUGUGCAGUGUGUGAGCACCGCUUAGGUUCCUGAGAAGUGUUCUCACUCUGUAUAAAAUGUGUAUUUGUGUUGUUUAAUAGCAACCAAAGGCAUUUCAUUGGGUGAUGUUGAUUCGUUCGUCAAUACGUCUAAAACUAAAUUAUUACGUUGUGGUUAUCAUGCCCGCUUUCAGAAUGGUUGACGGCACACUUUUGGUAUAUUUGUAUAUGCAGAUAGUGUUUUUGUAAAAAUAAUCGUUUGUAUAUGAGGCUGCACCUUACUGAAAGCGGUUUAUUUGAGCAACUCACAAAUGAAAUGUCUUAAGGCCUUUUGUCUCUCUGAGGAUUACAUUGACUUAUUAUUGAAUAAUGAAUUGUUGUAAUGGGCAGAAAGACUGAGUCAUUAUUAUUUAAAAAAACCUUCCGAGUACAUGUUUGAACAGUCAUCAGUGAUUCUUUACCUAAACGUGGCGAAAAGCUGAUCAAUAUUCAAACAUUAAUCGUGUUUCCGCUUGACAAACAGGAAGGAUAAAAAAGCUAGGGAAAAAAUACACAAAAAAAUCCGCAAAAUAUAAUGAACAGAGUGUUUCCUCUAGGAUAUUUUUGUGUGUGGGUUUGGGUUAAUAUAGCAUUGUUUUAUACCGAUAAAAAGAAUUUGUGCUAUAAAUAGUCGUUGACAUACUAGUCUUCUUGUGAUCUAUUUUCAUUAAUACUCAACGGCUGGUUUUCGAAUAAUCUCUGAUUUCCAUUUUUGUAUUGUCUUUGUAACAUUUGUGGAACUGGGAAAUACAAGCUGUUCUAAA